UUGAAAUCAGAUGUCCCAGCCACCUUCAGGAGGCACCUUGUGAAAUGUAAGGUGACCAAGAUCAAAUUUGAGCUGCCACUAUGGAAUGUUCCGGACUGGGACGACGAAAUGCGCACUGUCAUGUGGAAGGACAUCACCGGGAACCAGGAGCCAGCAGCCCAAUGGCCUGAAAAAGAGAAGACAGUGGAGACAGUCCCGGAACCGGCUCACACUGUGCUGAAGAAGAGCGGCCAGGAGGCCGAGCUGUGCCUCAGUGCCUUGGUUGCCUACGCCCAGUUCAAACUGGACACAGUCGUGGUUCAGCUCAAGGACACCUUGCCCUUCCAGACAAGGACAGCCACUUUCAGGAUGCACAACACAGGGAAGGUGGCCCUGGAAUACUUCUGGGAGGAAGCUGCUCCUGCAGAUAGUGAAGCAGUGAGGAUGCCAUAUUCAACCUCUCUGAUGGGUGGGCUCAUCUCUGCUCCUGUUGUAAGGCAGCGCAGAAAGCUGGUGCUUCUUUUCCGGGGGGAGCAGGACCAUCCUUUUGAGACGCAUCCUUCUGAGCUGCGGCGCCUACAGUGGCUUGCCGAGGAGCAGCAAGAUUCCGAGCAGGAACAGCUGCAGGAUUCCGAGCAGGAACAGCAAGAUUCUGACCAGGAGCAGCUUUCUGAGGAAGAGCAGCUGGAUGCCAAGCAGAAGAAGAGUUCCAAGAAGUGGUGCCGCUCCAAGGAAUGGAAUCUCUCCCCGCAGCGUGCCACUUCCUCCCUGGAAGUCCUCCCAGAUGUCACCCAUGACCAGUCACUGUUCUCCAUCAACCCCAACUUCGGCACCAUCGCUCCUGGCCAGAAGAAGACCUUUCAUGUGCUCUUCUCCCCAAAGGAUGUGGGGAACUUUGAGACCACCAUGCUGUGCAGCAUUCCUAACCUGGAGCAGACUCACAGGACGGUGCAGGUGGUUCUGAAAGGCAGAGCCCGGCAGUGGAAGCGUUUUGAAAAACCGAAAUGCUCUGCCUUACAGCAGACAGAGGAAGGCCAGGGACACAAGAAGCAGCUGCACUGGCAACCAACACCACAGUGACAGCAUUUGUGUCAGCUGGAGCAUCCAGCAGGAGCCAGCAACAUCUUGUUUCCUACUGCUGAUGGUGUCCCACCCUUUACAUGCGACCUCUGCAGCUGCCCUUCCCAGCUCCAGCCAUCAUCAUCUUUUAAUUAAUUUUGUUAAUUAAAUAAUUGUUUGUUAAUUUGUUAAAUAACUUAAGUUUCAGUUAACUGUAAAUAAACACUUGCUAAUAAGUUGUUAACUGUUA